AGCAAUAUGGGUAUUGUAGAAAAAAUUCAAGAAAUUGAGCGUGAAAUAGGGCGGACACAGAAGAAUAAAGCUACAGCAAAAUUGGCCAAAUACCGACAGGAGUUGUUAGAGCCUUCUGCAAAAGGUGGAGGUUCUAAAGGAGAAGGUUUCGAUGUUAUGAAGAGUGGAGAUGCUAGAGUAGCACUUAUUGGAUUCCCUUCCGUUGGAAAGUCAACAUUUUUGUCUACCGUUACCACUACAGAAAGCGUGGCAGCCUCAUAUGAAUUUACAACAUUGACUUGCAUUCCUGGCGUUAUCGAGUAUAACGGCGCAAACAUUCAAUUACUCGAUCUUCCCGGAAUUAUUGAAGGCGCUUCUCAAGGAAAAGGCCGUGGAAGGCAAGUUAUUGCUGUUGCUAAAACUGCCGAUUUAAUUUUGAUGAUGCUGGAUGCUACAAAGGGGGACAUUCAGAGAGGACUUCUCGAAAAAGAAUUGGAAGCUGUUGGUAUUCGUCUCAACAAAAAGCGUCCAAAUAUUUAUUUUAAAAGAAAGGCUGGAGGAGGUGUUAAAUUCACCCACACAGUUCCACUGACUUUUUGUGAUGAAAAAAUGAUUCAAUCAAUUUUGCAUGAAUACAAAAUAUUUAAUGCGGAUAUUAUCUUUAGAGAAAAUAGCACGGUUGACGAGUUAAUUGACAUUAUACAAGGCAACAGAGUUUAUAUUCCAUGUAAAGUUUUUUAA